AUGACAAACGUCUUCAAGCUCAAGCACGAACCCACAACUUUACCAGACGAGCUCUGGGUCGAGAUAUUUCACCAUGCUACAUUCGUUGAUGGUACCUCAGGACCCUCGAUCUACGCUUACGCAGAACGAUAUGGGCUGCACAACCGCGGAAAUUCUCCCCAUGAAUUAGCGCUGAGGCGCUCCUUGACCGAGACCAGGCGUCACCUUCCCCUCGUGUCGCGAAGGUGGCAUAGACUCGCCACCUCCUAUCUCUAUAGCUCAAUCUGGGUCAAUGAUGUGAACGUCUUGCCUUCGCUCGCUGCCACGGUGUCCGAACCUCGGCCAAAGGGCGCCCACGGACUUGACGCAGCGCUGGGGUCAUACACGAAGCGUUUGGAUGUGGUGCUGAAGGAUUACACUGCAGAGAUUGAUCCCUCGACCUGUACACAAGACUUUCCCAACCUUGCCGACAUCAUACGCUCUUUGCCUCGCCUCGCUGUCCUCGUCUUCGCAUCAGAGAUGUCUGAUCACAGCUAUCUCCCAGAGGACAUCCUUGAAGCCAUUUGUAGUCACCGUGGCAUUCGCGCGUUGGAAUGGCGCACACGGGCGCUAAAUCCAUCACCCAGCCAGAUCAUUACUCUUCUAUCCUCCGGCUCACUGCUAUGCCCCCGCAUCUUAUCAUGCAAGCACGCCGCUCUUCCAUCUAUUCAUGACGGGUCGACACCUCCCGCAGCGAUGCAGUCUCUUGAGUUUCUCUCCCUAGACAGUCUCGGAUGGUUGUCCGAGCUCACAUGCGACUCAUUCCCUCAUCUACGUUAUCUCACGAUCAAGGAAUCGGCCUGCACACAAAUCAUGGUUAUGUUCCUUGAAUCCCUCGGCCGACCGCUGACUUCCGUCCACUACGUGGUAGAGCCGGGGCAGAUUGCCGAUCCGUUUUUGUUACCCACAAUAGCUCGACACUGUCCUAAUCUCACCCGCUUCACCUUCUCCAUUCCGGCAAACGUCUUCUUCGAUGCAGGACAGUUCCCUCUCCCCUCAGGUACUAUGCGGCUGCCGCCUGUGAAGCGCCUUGCUUUCAUGUUGUACAAUGGAAGCGAGAAGGAUAAAGCGGCUCCGACAUGUAAUCAUAUCUGGAAUCUAUUAAAAGCGCUUACCACUCGUUUUCCCUCUAUCAGAGUUAUCGAGUUCUUGAACAUUCAUAUUCGCUACAAGAGCUUGCUUGCUACUGCACCUUCACGAUUGUCUGGCAUAACCUUUGAAUACGAGUUCAUUGACGAGUAG